CAUAAAUGGGGAAGAUCCAUAUAGGUUCUAUACUUGGAAUAUCACUUAUGGUGAUAUUUACCCUCUUGGUGUUAAGCAACAGGGGAUAUUGAUAAACGGGCAGUUUCCGGGGCCACAGAUUGAGUCGGUGACAAAUGACAAUUUGAUUAUCAGUGUUUUCAACAGUUUGGACGAGCCUUUUCUCAUCUCAUGGAAUGGGGUGCAGCAGAGAAGGAACUCAUGGCAAGAUGGAGUGUGUGGCACCAACUGCCCCAUCCCACCGAGGAAGAACUUCACUUAUGUACUUCAAGUCAAGGAUCAGAUUGGUAGCUACUUCUACUUCCCCUCCCUUGCCUUCCACAAGGCUGCAGGGGGCUUCGGUGGCAUCAAAAUUUCCAGCCGCUCUGUGAUUCCCGUCCCUUUCAAUCCACCUGCCGGAGAUUACACCAUUUUGGCAGGUGACUGGUUCAAGCAAAAUCACACGGAUUUGAAAGCCAUCUUGGAUGGCGGGAAUAAUCUUCCCUUCCCGGAUGGCCUCCUUAUCAAUGGUCGUGGAUCAAAUGGGUUCACAUUCACAGUUGAUCAAGGCAAGACUUACAGGUUCCGGAUUUCAAAUGUUGGGCUUACUACUUCCAUUAACUUCAGAAUCCAGGGGCAUAAGAUGCUCCUGGUUGAGGUGGAAGGCACACACACGCUGCAGAAUACUUAUGACUCCCUCGACAUCCAUUUGGGGCAGUCCUACUCUGUACUGGUUACUGCCGAUCAGCCUGCACAGGACUACUAUAUGGUUGUCUCAACACGUUUCACCUCCCCAGUGCUCUCGGCAACAUCUAUCUUUCAUUACAGUAACUCAGCAGAAAGCGUUUCCGGUCCUCCCCCUGGUGGACCGACAACUCAGAUUGAUUGGUCACUUAACCAGGCACGAUCUGUUAGGAAAAAUCUAACAGCAAGUGGACCAAGACCUAAUCCUCAAGGCUCAUACCAUUACGGGAUGAUCAACACUACCCGGACAAUCAGACUUGCAAACUCUGCUCCAAUCAUCACUGACAAGCAGAGAUAUGCUGUCAAUAGCGUGUCGUUCAUCCCAGCAGACACGCCUCUUAAACUUGCUGACUACUUUAAGAUUUCGGGGGUCUUCUCCCUUGCAAGCAUCUCAGAUAACCCAACUGGUGGUGGUGGUUACCUCCAGACUUCUGUCAUGGCUGCUGAUUUCCGAGCUUAUGUUGAGAUUGUGUUUGAGAAUCAAGAAGACACCGUGCAGUCGUGGCAUAUUGAUGGCCACGUGUUCUUUGUGGUUGGAAUGGAUGGAGGACAGUGGUCAUCUGACAGAAGAUCGAGUUACAAUUUAAGGGACACAAUUUCACGUUGCACGGUUCAGGUGUAUCCGAACUCAUGGACUGCAGUUUACAUGCCUUUGGAUAAUGUGGGAAUGUGGAACAUAAGAUCGGAGAACUGGGCUCGACAGUAUUUAGGUCAGCAGUUCUAUCUCCGUGUUUAUUCCCCUGCAAAUUCAUGGAGAGACGAAUAUCCCAUCCCGAGCAACGCUCUUCUCUGUGGUCAAGCAUUGGGCCAUAAAACUCGUCCUCUAUAAAAUGUUACAAUCUGAAGGUCACGAAAGGGUGACCGGUUCACUGAUCAGAAAUAUUAGAGGUUCCUA